UCCUAGGCUGCCGCGUCACUCCGCACCGGCGCUGUGGCUGUGGGGCGGGCUGGAGCCGGCAGAGGCUGCGAGCGCGCGGAGCCCGCCAGCCCGCCGCCUCGCCCUCGCUAGUCUUCCUCCUCAGUCCCUUCGCCUCUGAACCUGGCUCUGGCCAGCCCAGCCCCGGAGGCUCCCGCAGCACCCUAGUGUCCCCGCGCCCAGCCCGCCCCGCUCCCAAAGCCUCAGCUCCGCACGUCCUCGUCUCCCUGGGGCUAGGCUGAGCCCCUCCGGAGGAUGCCGGCUGCACUCCGUGCUGCGCCCUGCGCCCUGAGCUCGGGGCUGGGCAGCAGCGGCUCGGCGGGCGGGCGGCUGUAGCUGCGCAGCCCCCGGGCCGUGGGCCAGAGGCGGUGGCCGGGGCCGCAGGUGUGACUGGGCCAGCGGGAGGAACGUAGAGUGGUGCUGAAGGGGACAGCUCCCACCGGCUGCCCUCCCCGAGCUCGGCACUCCGCCCUUCCCUGCCCCGCCCCUCCCCGUCCAGGGUCCGGCCGCCGACAGCGGGCACAGCGGGCGCAGCGCGGGCUCCGGCGCCAGCCCAUGGUGCCCGCGGUGGCUGGCCGCGCAGAACCCGCGGCGGCCGGCGGCCAGGCGGGGAUGCCCCGCGGGUGAAGCAGCCCCCGCCCCAGCCGCGUUCAUGGCGGUGGCCAGGAAGAUCAAAACUUUGCUGACGGUGAACAUCCUGGUGUUCGUGGGUAUCAUCCUCUUCUCCGUCUACUGCCGGCUGCAGGACCGCUCCCAGGAGCUGGUGCAGAUCGUGCGUAGCGCCGACCGCCGGGUGCGCAGCCGGCACGCCAGGGCCGGGGUGAUCCUGGACCGGGAGGCCAUCCUGCAACGGCUCGACCACCUGGAGGAGGUGGUCUACAACCAGCUCAAUGGUCUAGCCAAACCCAUGGGUCUGGUGGAAGGGCCAGGAGGACUUGGCCAGGGUGGCAUGGCAGCCACACUCCGAGAUGACAGCCAUGAAUCUGAAACCAAAUAUGAAGAGUAUGGUUACAAUGCCCAGCUGAGCGACCGGAUCUCCCUCGACAGGAGCAUCCCAGACUAUAGACCCAAAAAGUGCAAACACAUGAUGUAUUCUGAGGACCUGCCCCAGAUCUCUGUGGUCUUCAUUUUUGUCAAUGAAGCUCUAUCGGUGAUUCUUCGUUCAGUUCACAGUGUUGUCAACCAUACCCCAUCUCACCUGCUCAAAGAGAUCAUCCUGGUGGAUGACAACAGUGAUAAUGUGGAGCUGAAAUUUAAUCUGGACCAGUAUGUAAAUAAGAGGUACCCAGGGCUGGUGAAAAUAGUUCGCAAUACCAAGAGGGAAGGGCUCAUCCGAGCUCGGAUCCAGGGCUGGAAAGCAGCAACCUCUCCGAUCGUGGGUUUCUUUGAUGCUCAUGUGGAAUUCAACACUGGCUGGGCAGAGCCAGCCCUAACCCGAAUCAAAGAGGACCGAAGGAGAAUAAUCUUGCCCGCCAUUGACAACAUCAAGUACAAUACCUUUGAGGUACAGCAAUACGCCAAUGCUGCCCAUGGCUACAACUGGGGCCUCUGGUGCAUGUAUAUCAUCCCACCGCAGGACUGGCUGGACCGAGGGGAUGAGUCCGCACCCAUCCGGACUCCAGCCAUGAUUGGCUGCUCAUUUGUGGUGGACCGGGAGUAUUUCGGGGACAUCGGUCUGCUUGACCCGGGCAUGGAGGUGUACGGUGGGGAAAACAUCGAGUUAGGAAUGAGGGUCUGGCAGUGUGGGGGCAGCAUGGAGGUACUGCCCUGUUCCCGUGUGGCCCAUAUCGAGCGCACAAAGAAACCCUACAAUAACGACAUUGAUUACUAUGCAAAGCGAAAUGCCCUGAGAGCCGCCGAGGUAUGGAUGGACGACUUCAAGUCUCACGUGUACAUGGCCUGGAACAUCCCCAUGACGAACCCAGGAGUGGACUUUGGGGAUGUGUCCGAGCGCCUUGCUUUGCGUCAAAGGCUCCAGUGUCGCAGUUUCAAGUGGUACCUGGAGAACGUGUACCCUGAGAUGAGGAUUUAUAACAAUACCAUCACCUAUGGAGAGGUGAGAAACAGCAAAGCCAGUGGCUACUGCUUGGACCAGGGAGCAGAAGAUGAUGAUAGAGCAAUCCUAUACCCUUGCCAUGGAAUGUCCUCACAGCUGGUACGCUAUAGCGCUGAGGGACUGCUCCAGCUGGGCCCUCUUGGUUCCACUGCCUUCCUGCCAGACUCCAAGUGUCUCAUUGAUGAUGGGAAAGGUCGAACACCUACCUUGAAGAAAUGUGAAGAUGUGUCCCGUCCUGCCCAGAGACUCUGGGAUUUCACUCAGAAUGGCCCCAUUGUGAGCAGAGACACAGGACGCUGUCUGGAAGUGGAAAUGUCAAAAGAGGCUAACUUUGGUCUCCGACUGGUGGUGCAGAGGUGCUCGGGACAAAAAUGGAUGAUUAGAAACUGGAUUAAACAUGGGCGACACUGAUGGGGACUCCUCUCAUCCUCCUCGUGAGAGGAUACCCUCCUCGCUCCUCUUCUUCCCAGACCUGGUGGUGGGAAAAACUAUGGGAAGGAGACAAGGGUGACUUAAGGAUUAGAGCACCAAGCCUGGCCCCACAGCUCUCCUUCCAUGGACACCAAGAAGGAAGAGGCUGUCUCAUUCACUAUCUCUGGCCUAAGAUGAGACCAGCCAUUGGGCUUCCUGGCAGCGACGCUCCUGCAGAGCAAUGGAAAACCCUUUUGCCCCUGUGUGGAGUCCAAAGGGAACCGUAUCGAAAGAACUCUCUUUGGACAGAUGAUUUCUCAGCUUUAAAUUACUGGAUUGGUGCACAACUCCUCUGAUAAAGAAUCAUGUGCCUUUUCUACUCUGUUUCCUAUUUGAGCCACCUAGGACAGCUCCCCGCACUGGGAGGCAGCCACAUCUUCAGCAUGUAUGGACUUCUUGUGUUAAUGCCCCAACAUGUAAAUAAAUCCACUGUAAAAUUUACACCCUGCUCCACCUCGAGGGUAAGCUGCCAGGGAGUCUGCUUGGGAUCCAGAGCCCACAUCCCAGAGUGCAGAUCCCCAGGGAUAUGGCGUCUGUGGGCCUUCCUCUGCUCUCCUGGGCCCCCAGGAAUCCAGCCAGUUGCUGGCUGACUUGGCCAAUUUCUUCUCGCUCUUUGGAUUUCUUGAGUCACAAGGCACAGAGAAACAGGCUCUGCUUCUAAGAGAUGAAUGAAGCGAUUGAUCUGUGUCCAGGACCCACACAUACACACACAUACGUACACACAUUUAUUCUGACCAGAAGAAGCAGGGAGGAGAUGGCCGGUCACCAGCUGCCCUGGCCUUUCUUGAGUCUGAGGCCAGGAAGCCAUUGGCCAGUGACUAUAUACAAGGAGCUCAUGUUUUGUGAAAUUGUUCUGCCAUUUCUUCACCCACCAGCGACACUGGUACCCUCCCAGACAUGGGCACUGCAGGCAGCAGCCCUGACCAGGAGGAAGAACACUUUGGGUGUGGCAGACAUGGAAAGAUUUCCUCCAGAGGUUUCCAUGGUGUCCGAAUUCCCAGAACAGACAAUGGACACUGGUUACUCAAAGCUGAUUUUUUUUGCAUCAAAUUAAAAGACAACAUUUGACCAUCAUUGUGGGGGGGAACCUUCAUUUAAUGUCAGUCUGCCUGCGGCACGUUGUGGGGAGGAGAGGGUGGGAGAAGAGUCUGCCUUUGGAGAGAUAACAAUUUGAGGCAGAUCAGGACAAGGUGAGCAAACACUCAGUGAAUCUACACUAAACUCAAACAGAGUUUUAGUGAGCAUGUCAACCUAUCUACAAGCAUUUCUUAAACAUCCACUGUUCACCAGGUACUGAGCUAAGCACUGAGGGUACAAAGAAAGCCCAACCUCCCAAAAAAUCCCUAGAAACGCUGAAAAUCCAAAAAGAUUUUUUUAGACAAGAGAGAACAAAGGGAGUUGAUCUGGGGUGGGGGGAUGAAGGGGGAGAAUUUCAAGAUGUCUCUUCAGCAGGCUACCUUUGUUUCAUUAAGGUUUUUCUGAUCUCAUUUUUAAGGCAAAGAGAAUUGAUGAAUAUCUGGCAAAUAGAGUGGUCAAAUUUUACCAGAGAAUUCUGUGAUGGCCUUCCAUGCUUAGCCAAUCAGGGACAGGAAGCAUCUCUCCUAAUGAGAAAGAAGUCACUGCAUUAGUCAUAUCAAACACCGGAGGGAGUGAAUCAUUUGGGAGACUCUCAUGGAAGUGGUUUGUCUGGAAGGGAAGAGGAGCAGGACAUUUUCUUGGGUGACUUACAGGAUAUCUGAAGUAAGAAGGAAUCCUAUUUAUUGGAACAUGGACAAGUCACCUACCCUGCCUGAGUUUUUUUUUCUUCAUAUAUAAAACGGAAAUAACAAUAUUUAUAGACAAGUUAAGACGACCACUAUUUAUUAAGUACUUACUGCCAGACAGUAUGCUAAACACCAGGGAUGCAAAGAGAGGCAAAAACAGCCUAUGCCUUCAAAGACUUCACAGCCUAAUGGAGGGAUGAAAUGCACACAGCUGUAUGCAAAUAAUAUAGAGAUCAUAAAUUGGAGAGAAUCUUAGACUCAAAGCACUAGCAUUGAGGUGAUGCUGCAGGGGCUUUAGCUGGGACUAGAAAGAAACUAGGGACUUUAAGAGGCAGGAGUGAGGAAGAAACAUAUUCCAAGCAAAGGGAGUAGGUUGAGGAGCAAGGAAAAGUCAACAUUAAAUGUUCAGAGUCAGAAGAUAGAGCACCUUGUGUAAAAAACAGCUGGUGACAACCAGAUGAGAGAGAGAGAGAGAGAGAGAGAGAGAGAGAGAGAGAGAGAGGUUGGGGGGGGUGUUUAAAAGGCAGAGGCAAACAAGUUAUGAAGGUCUUUGACUGCCAAAUGGAGGGGUUUAUAUUUGAUCCUGAAGGUGAUAGGGAGCCACUGGAGUUAAUUGAAUGGAGGAGAGAAGUACUGGGGAAGGAGUGACAUGAUCAGACAUCAUUCUAAGAUUGCUGUGAACAACAAAUGAGAUAACCUACAUAAGUCACUUUUUGCAAACCUUAAAGGAGGUGUAUAAACAUCAGAGGCAGCCUGGCAGAGUAUAUAGAAAGCUUGGGUAUUAGGAAUUAGGAAAACUUGGGUAAAAGCAUUGCCUCUGAUCCAUACAGGUUGUGUGACCCUUGGCAAGUUACUUAUCCUCUCAAUAUCUCCAAGAAACUCUAAUCCUAAAAUUUAGAGAUAAUUCAGACAUGCAUUGGUUCAAAAGAGUCCAGGUGCUAGUGAAAUCACAAAUCCAGUCAGAAUAUUAUUAUUAAUUAGUCUAAUCCCCACCUCCCCUUUAGAAAUUGGGAAACUGAAGGCAAAGGAGAAUUGUAGAAUCAUUUAUUCUAUGAGAAAUAUCAUGAGAAGUAGCGUGGUAUAAUAAAGAGUGUCUUCAUGCUGCUAGGAUGGAGACACUGGGUCCAAAGCCAGUCUUGAAUAUUAACUGUGUGACUCUAAGUACGUCCCUUCACCUAAGCCUCAGCUUUCUUGUCUAUAAAAUGGGAAUAUAAUGAUAACACCUAUUUCUUAGGGUUGUUGUAAGAAUCAAAUGAGAUGAGGCACGUGAAGGGCUCAAUCAACCCAAGAGCAUGAUAUUCAUGUGAGUUAGAUGAGCUAGAUAUUUGGAGCUAGAUGGGAUGUCAGAUACCACUAGUCCUAUGGUUUCCAAUCUUUUUUUUUGUCCUUUCAACAACAACUAACAAAUGUUGUAAACCACUCAUUCAAUCUGUUACUCUUCAUACUCUUCAAUUAUUUAUUUAGAAGUUUGUUUUUUUAUCAUGAACACUUUAGACUAUUGACAUAACCCCUUAAGGGGUUCUCAAACCACAAAAUGGAAACCAUCAUUCAACCUUCUGAUUUAUAGAUUGGUAAACCAAAGCCCAGGGAUGUGAAAUAAGAAAACAAUAACUCCCCUUUAUGAAGGAUAAAAGACUUACAUCUAGAAUGGCAUAAGACUUAGAGAUUAUUUGGUACAACCCUCUCAUUGUACAGUUAAAGAAACUGAGGAGAAAAAGAUAAGGAACCUGCUGAGGAUUAUGGUAGUAAGUGGCAAAGAAAUGAAUUCACAGGAUUGCAUAACUAAUAUCAUGGGGCAGAAGAUGGAGUCAGGAAGGCCUGAGUUCAAAUCCAGCAUCAGACACUAGCUGUGUGACUUUGACUAAAUCACUUACCUGAAUUUUUCUUAUCCUCCCAUAACUUUGUGAAUGCAUUAACACCCUAUUAAUAGUGAUUUCAGUUCAAAGUUCAGUUCAAUAUGUCUAAAUACCUCUUAUUUGUAAGGCCUAGUGCUAAAUGCUCAAAAUGCUUUUUUAAAAAGUCACAGAGGAUCAGUUGGAAGGAGCCCAAUCUAAUACUUACCUGAAUAUGAAUUUCUUUUACAAUAUACUCAGCAAUUGAUCAUUCAGUCUUUAUUUGAAAACUCCAAUAAGGGAGGCUCCUCUCAUGACAGUCUGCCCCACUUGGGGAUAUCUCUAAUUAUUAAGAAGGGUUUUUUUUUGCAUCAAGUUGAAAUCUACUUCUCUACAUCUUUUACCCCUUGGUUCUAGCUCCACCAUCUGGGAUCAAGCAACACACUCUUUCCACUAAAAUUUUUGUCAUUUAAUAAUGUCCCACUCUUUAUCACCCAUUUGGAAUCUUCUUGGCAAAGAUUCUGGAGUUAUCUGCCAUUUCCUUCUUCAGCUCAUUUUACAGAUGAGGAAACUGAGGUAAACAGGGUUACCCAGAUUCCUCAGAUGAACAAUUUAGUCCGAAUAAUCUGAAUUCCUUACACUUGGGGGUCUAAAUAUGUAUUGUCCCAGCUCUGCCUUUUCCUUGGUCAUGUAGACCUGGAUGAGGAUGUUUCAGUGUCAGAAUGAAAAUUUUUUUUUCUGCAACUUAUAUCAAGACAGAUGUCAAAGUUGAACCAUGGGACCUUAUUUUGACUAAGGAAGAGAGAACUCUUCAAAGGUCCUCUUGAACUCGAGCUCUCACUAUAGUCUGGAGUUGGCUCCUCAGGGUCUAGGCAACUGGUCAGGGUUAUCCUAACAGAAGCCUCUUGAAUGAGGCAAGAAUAAAUUUCCAUACAUUAGUCACGUGAAAUGCAUUUCAUCUGGACUAAAAAACAUCUUUGACAAUGUCGAAAAUACCUGCAACUCAGACCAAUGUAAAAUCGGUCCAUGUCUUCCCUAUUUACGAUUCAUAAAGCCAAUUGGCAGUCAGGGUAAGGCUGGCUCGAUGGAUGUCCUCACGAGAUCUGACAGGUUGCCUGACAUCUUGGAAAUUGCUUCUCAAAAUCUUAAUAAACUUCACAUCCUGUCAGGAAGUAGAGUCCCUCCAAGCUUGAAAUGCACUGAGCAUCCUCUGAGCCUGGUCCCAAAGCCUGCCUUGAAGAAAACGUAAGGGCGGGGCACCCAAUAUGGUGCAGUUCCCUUCUCUGAUACUUUCAUGAAUAGUGCUGUGGAAGGGGAGAUGAAUUUGGAAUUGCAGAACGUGAGCUCAAAUCUCACCUCUAACAUUCAUUUCCUAUAAGUGAGCAAAUCAAUUCACUUUUCUGAGCCUCAGUUUCCUCCUUUGUAAAAAAGGAGUGAAGAGUUGAACCAAAUGGCCUUAAAAAUUACUUUGCCACUUAUCUCUUUUGUUUUUAAAUCACAUUCACUUCAAAGUUCAUUCCUUCCUACCCCUCGCCAACCCAACAAGUCAUCCCUCGUGACACAAUAAUCAGUUUGUUUUUAGUUCUUCCCAUUAUUGUCCAUAUUGUUUUCCUCAUUCUGCUUAAUUCACUUUGUGUCAGUGGAGCCUACUGCUCCUUAUCAUUGAGUUCUAUUUCUGGAGCCAAGAAGGAACUCAGAGGCUAUUGAAUCCAGUCCAUUCAUUUUACAGAUGAGGAAACUUGGGCCCAAGGCAGGGAAGUGAUAUCCCCAAGGUCAUAUAGGAAGAAUCAAACGGGAUUUGAACCCACAUCCUCUAACUCCAGAGCCAGUGCUCUUGA